AUGCAAAAGCUUGUUAUCUUCGCUGCUCUCCUCGGAGUAUCUUCUGCUUUCCUUCUCGGAGGAGGAGGUGGAUGUGGAUGCGCUCCACCACCACCACCACCACCAUGCGGAUGCGGAGGAGGACUCCCAGCUCUUCCACCUCUCCAACUUCCAUCCUUCAACCUCGGAGGAGGAGGAUGCGGAUGCGGAGCCCCACCACCACCACCAUCUCCAUGCGGAUGCGGAGGAGGAGCCCCAGCUUACGCUGCCCCAGCUCCAUCUUAUGCCGCCCCAGCCCCAGCUUACGCUUCCGCCCCAAUCGGAGGAGGACAAGUCGGAGGAUACGCUCAACCAAUCGGAGGAGGAGCCCCAGUCUACUCUGCCCCACAAGCCGGAUAUGCCGCCCCAGUCGGAGGUGCCGGACAAGGACAAUAUGCUCUCGGAGGAAAGUAA